AUGAAAUGAACACGUACCUAUAAGUAAUAAACUGAUGACAAAAAAAAAAAAAAGUUACAAUUUAUAAUUAUUGUACCGCCAAGGUUCUUGCGAGCUGGUUCAACUUUCAAGAAUGGCAUAUCUCGAAAGAUCAUCUCCAACGUUGAAAGAAACACUCCUCAAGAUAUAUCGUGCUGAAAAACCUAUCGAGGUCGAUCAACAUUUCCACGAGUUUGGUUCGAUUCAAUAUCACAUCAAGUACUCGGUUUCCGAUCCAAAUAUUGUGCAUGUAUCGACCUCGACGUUGCUUGAGACACAAGGAGCAGUGACGUUGAAGGAGAUUUCAAGUCACACUUAUGAGGUGAUUAAGAAUAUUGCAGUUGGUGUGAUUGAUAUUGUUGAUCCACCAAGGUUAGGGUUUCAAUUGACCCUUGCGCUUCACCUUGACAAUAUACCACGUGGCAAAGAAGCUAUUAAAAUCAUAACAAGGAUUUCUGAAAUGCAAGCGUUAAUAUUAAGUAGCCAACUUAAAGAGAUGCUGAGAAAUUUGAAUUUUCAAGAUGAUUCACGAUCCAUGAACAACGACAACAACAGGCCCAUCAGGAUUGUUUAUCACCCAAGUGAACCUUUCUACGUCUUUAAACAGCCGGAGAAAAUUACGGCGGUGUUUCCAAUGAAUUUUAAAGAUAAUUCGGAUGUGGUCAUUGCCACAUCGUUCUUCCAGGAAUUAGUGGAAGUGGGAAGCCAAAAGGAAAUGGUAAAGGCACCACAAUGUAGUUGGUCACCAAUACCUCCUCUCCAACUUAGAGGAGAACCAGUCCAAGACUUAACCACCAAUUCUGGUUUUGUAUCUUUUGAUAUUACUUCACGGCACGUUGAAGCAAAGAGACUAGCCAAAACGGUUUGGAAUUUGCUAAAUUUCUACGCAUACGUUAAAUAUCAUAUUAAGUGUUCGAGAGGAUACAUACAGAGAAGAAUGAGAAAAAGAAUGGACAGUUUAGUUAAGCUGCUAGAUAACACAAGCCUAGAAGAAGAAGCUUAUCAUCAAAAGGAAACCCCAAGAUGUAAUUACGUGAAGGAGUUUGUGAAGGUACCAAAAGGCAAAUUGAUGAUGAAACAGCGAUGCAAGGAGAUGACAAGGAGAGUGAAGAUAAGUAAGUUCCGGAUCAAGAUCAAUGGUUGUGCUCGAUUUCGAUUCAAUCAACGGUGGAUAUCUCUCCCCAAAUUCUCUUCGAAACCCUCAAAUAAAUCACACACAAAACUCGACUAAGUAAUCUCUUAAUCAUACACGCUUCAAACUUGACUUUGGGGAGCAAUGCAUUGAUGAAGUAUAGUUUUCUGACGAUAAUAUGUAGUAGAUGUUAACUAAAAAGAAUAAUAUCUUAAGCAACAGUUGGCAUUGAAUGCUGCAUGUUA